AUGGCAGAGUCAAAGAGUGUUCAGCGCCUUCGGCAAGAAUUAAAUGACUUACUAGCAAAUGCCCUCGAAUUUGUAACUGAUCUAGAAGUUGUUGAAGAUGAUCCUUACCAUUGGAAAGGGAAAAUGAUCGGUCCACCAGAUACUCCAUACACUGGCGGUACAUUUGAAUUUGAAAUAACAUUUACACAAUGGAGUAUCCUUUAUGAACGUCUUCAAAAAAUCUGA